AUGGAGCGGGAGGUUCUGCAGCGCUGGGCGGCCAAGUUGGGGGUCUCCACGCCCGGAGUUAUCAGGAAUAUAAUUGCAGGCCUGGCAAUAAUGUUGGAAAAUACUUUAUGGCUUCGUUGUCCUUUUCUUUUGAAGGGUUAUUUUGUGAAACUCUCCGGCUUGAACAGAGCCACUUACCAGCGCUACCUGAGAUCCUUUGAAAGCCUCCUUGCUCUGCAAUCAAACGUUGGCAUCAGAGAGGUGGCAGUUCAGUUCUCCUGCUUGGAAGCUGAAAAGCUGGCAUCCAAAAUCCUGCAGAGGUACGAAUCCAGCCUGCCAGAAAUUCAACAGGUGGCUCUCGAUUUGUCGAAACCCUUGUUCACCACUGUGGCAUUGUUUACUGCUUGCAGAACCUUGAAGCUUAAAGUGGAUAAAACAAAAAUGGUGUCCGUAUCAGGGGUUAAGAAAACCAUCUUCGACCGUCUCCACGCCCAGUUAGAGAAGAUUAGCCAACAAAUCAACCGAGAAGGUGAUUCAUUGUCAAUGAAGCUUGAAGAACCUCAAAAAUCCUUCCUGGAAGAUCUUGCAAAGGAAGAAGCAAAAGUCUCCCGCAAGCGUCCCAAAAAUGAAAUUGAGCCCACAGAAGAUUAUGAAGAAUGGAAACGACGAAUCUUAGAAAAUGCUGCAAAAUCGCAAAGCAACAGUGUGUGAGUGGAGUUGUUCCUCCAGUGAGCGCAAAUGUCAGGCUGGUCUGUUGGCCAUUGUCUGGAUAACUAGUCUGUUGGGAGAGGGAGGAAAGCCCUGCCUGAAAACUUGAAUUCCUUGAU